UUGAUUCUCGUCAUGCCACCCAAACUCGAAAUUGUUAUCGUAGGGGCAGGGCUCUCCGGUCUCUCCGCAGCUAUUCAGUGCGCAUUAUCAGGACAUUCCGUCACUGUAUUGGAAAGUGCUAGAGAGCUAGCUGAGGUUGGCGCAGGUAUCCAGCUCACCCCAAAUGCUACACGACUCCUUCAAACAUGGGGCGUUUACGAGAACAUUCAAGGGCCCUGCGAGCCACGUACGUGUACGAUAUACAACUACAAAGGAACCGUCCUCGCGCACGAAAAGGACUUCGACAAGAACUGCCGCCGCAAAUACAACAGCCCUUUUACUGACUGCCAUCGUGUGGAUCUGCAACGGGCGUUGGUCGAACGUGCUGAAGAUCUAGGUGUGCACGUUGUCCUAGGGAGUCGGCUGGUAGGGAUUGAAUUUCCUGAAGGCACGAGUAUGACGAACGGAAACUCUACAUACACAGCCACCAACAACUCUGGCUCUGUUGACGGGAGAGCCAGAAUCACACUCGCCAAUAAACAGAACCUCACAGCCGACCUCAUCGUCGGCGCAGACGGCCUCUGGUCUACCUGCCGUUCCAUACUUCUCAACCGCGCCGACGCCCCUCUUCCGACCGGCGAUCUCGCAUACCGCAUUGUCCUAUCCCUCGACCAAAUUCCACUUUCCGACACUAAGCUGCGCAACAUGGUACAAAACCCCGACGUACGUUUCUGGAUCGGCCCCGAUGCUCACGCGGUCGCUUACAGCCUGCGAGGAGGUACGAUGCUGAACCUAGUUCUCCUCGUGCCUGACGACCUCGAAGAAGGCGUCGCGAAAGCCGAUGGAGAUCUUGCAGAGAUGAAGAAGCUAUUCGAAGGAUGGGAUGGAGUUCUGACCACUCUCCUUACUCACGUCCACCAAGUCUCCAAAUGGAAACUCAUGCAUCGCGACCCGCUUCCAACCUGGACCCACCCUUCAUCCCGCCUCGUUCUCAUCGGCGACGCAUGCCAUCCCAUGCUACCCUACCUUGCGCAAGGCGCCAAUUCCUCGAUAGAGGAUGGUGCCGCACUCGGCGCUCUGCUUGAUUCUUCCAAAAAUCCUCAUUUCAAAUCGGACAAGGACUUAGAGGGAGUGCUGAGGUUGUUCGAAAAGAUAAGGAAGGAGAGGGGGGAGGGUAUUGCGAGGGAAACAUUUGCACAGAGGAGGGACUUUCAUUUGAGAGACGGCGCAGAGCAGAAGGAGCGCGAUGAACUGUUCAGGGCGUGGAUGGACGGAGCUGGAACUGGAAAGUUUCCGAGUCGUUGGACCUGUCCCAUCGUGCAGAAGUGGUUAUAUGGGUAUGAUGCCCUCGGUGAGGUUGAUGAAGCUGUUAGAAAUCAAAUGUCCGUGUAG